GGCCUGAUUCUUACCUGAUCUGGAUCUUGCAGUGAUCUGGACCUGAGAGGUGAAAUCCAGCCCAUAGAAAGGUCACUGGGAGAGCUGGAGAAUCAGCGGGUGCAAAUGGAAUUGGAAAAGGACUCCCUGUAUUUUCAAUUCCAGCAGGAGCAGCAACAGCAAGAACAUGGCCCAGAAAAUCCAGCCUCGUUCCAGACCGAAAAUGACAUUAGGAAGAAAAUCCUCGAGAAGGAAUUCAAAAUCAGCAGUUUGCAGAGAGAGAGAGAGAAGAAGCUUCGUGACAUUAGUCUGAUCUGCGUUCAGUCCCGAAAUCAGUUUUCCAAACAGCGGAUUUGGAUGGAUUUCAAGAACAGCCUUCAGGCGAUGAGAAGGAAAGCGGCAUGUGCUGAAGGUAGCGAAGAUGAGGAGGAGGAGGAGCCCGAAGAUGAAGACUUGACUACGUCGGACACAAGCGACCCUCGGGAAGAUGAAUCCCAGCAUGGGAAACUUCAGGUUUUCACAGUCAGUUCUACAGAAUACCUAAAACUGCAUGGAAAACUGCUCCGCGAUGGGCAGCCGCAAGUCUUCCACAGCGACGAGGAUACAGAAAUACCAGCUCUGAAGAAGUUUGCCAUUCACACUGCCUUGCAGCACAGCAUGGUGGCAACAGAGAAAGUGAUCAGAAAUGUAGCUCGGGUCAUAAGUCAAGUGGUCAACUAUCUGACCAAUCAGAGAGCAGAGGACAAUUCCCACCGGGCCCAGGUCCAAGAAUUGGUGCAGGACUGUUUGUUGGCCCUGCGCUCACAACUUCAGGAGGUGGUGGAAGACAGCCUCCAAGACAUCCAGUUCUAUUUUUCUGUCCUUAUUCUCUCCAAUCUAAAGAAAGGAGCCAUAAGGGCAGAGGAGAUGUGUGAAGACAAAGUCAGAAGUUGGGGGUUACCGGGGAUUGGAUACCCCUACGCCACGUACCGGGCUGUGUGUGCUCGUCAUGGCCUCUACAGCUCUGUAGCAUGCGGCUUUGUGGAUUUCAACGAGCAGCUCACAGAGCCGAUAUCCAGCGCAAUCUCCAUGACGUGGAAUGAGGUCUUCAGCUGUAGAUUGGGGGAGUCCAUCAAUCAGUUCAGCAAAACCAUCUUAGAUGCAUUGAAAUACUUCUUCAAAGAUCUUAAGAGCAAGCUCCAGAAAAGAGGCAGAAACACAGAGCCAGUAAGCGCCAUUCAGAGGCACCAAAUGGAAGCUGUGCAGGCUUUGCUGUGCAACUUUCUCCUGGAUCAGACCGAGUACAUCAAGAAAAGGCAGCGAGGUAUAUCCCGCGUCCUGACACCAGAAAUACAGGCUAGCAUGAAGCCAAUAUAUGCAGCGUGUAGCCAGCUGAACGGCCCUGGCAGUUUCCAGAGAAUGAAAGCUCUUAUGCAGAAGUGUGUCCAGAGUCAGAAGAAGGCCAUGUUUAACAAUGCCACUGACAAGUUGCAGCAACAGCUUGACCUGCUCCAGAGCUACAUCCGGGCUAGCUACGAGUGCUUGGUUCAGGAGCUGACUAAAUCCUUGGCUAUGCAGUUUGAACCAAUGCUGAAGCCUGUCCAGAAAAAUGACAGAAUUAUUCCAGAUUUAGUGACCAUCUGUGCCCAAAUCAGCAAGCUCUGUAAACUGUCCUGUGUAGAUUAUGUUCUUCCCAACCUCAGCCAGCCUGACAGCGGUUCUGUGCCUGCUUCCCCUGGGAAAGAGCUGCCACUGAAGAGGGAGUUGUUGGAAGGCCCAAAUCCCCCAAAGUUCCUGGGAAAGUGCAACGUGAUCCGCAUUGGGACCAUGCUCCUGCCGCACACGAAUCCCAUUCAGAUAUCGGUGCAAGAAAUCACCAUCACUAUGACAGAUACCAGCCUGACGCUUCCGUUCAGCAGAGUGUAUCUCUGUGAAUGUUGCUUACCCCUCUAUUAUUUGAUCCUUCAUCUCCCGCCUGAGUUUGCCAAGGACAUUUACUCCAGAGUGGGAGCCCAGGCAUCCAACCCAUACCUAGGUAGCCAGGAGGCUCUCAUUGUCCUGGAGAAGCCCCAGGACCCGUCCUCCUUCCACAGCCUGAUAGAAUUGAUAUCGGCGCAGCGUGGGGGCGCACCGUGGUUCCGGGAGCUAAGCCUGCAGCAGGGGAGAGAGAAGCUGGAAUCGCUGGGAGUGUAUUACACUGCCAGAGUGAACCCUCGCGACAGCUGCAUGCUGGAGGACUUACAGUACGAAGAUGAGGAGAUGACUCUUGAGGCCCCGUGCUCCAGUUUGCCUUCAGACCAGCCAGCCGUCUUCACCCUUGCACAGCAGCCCCUGCUGCCUGGCGUGAGGCUGUGUCUAUAUGGCAGAAAGCGAGAGGGAGGCGAGAUCCAGUCACACUUGGAGAAGAAGCACAGAGGCAAAGCCAUGGGACAAAGCCCAGGAAAGGAGCCUGCUGGGUCCCACCUGCCAAGGUAACUUCACAGAGACGAGGGAUGUUUGUCGAUUAAUCAGCUAACCCAGUGGGUGAUGGACUUUCCAUCGAGUCCACAGUUGGUCGAUAAGGGGGGCAGCUCUUGUACAUUUCAAAGGGGGAGGUGCAGCAGUCAGGAUACCUCUGCCUCCCCUGCGCCCCG